CAGCAAAAAAAAAAAAAGCGACGCCUGAGAGCGACGCUUGCAGCUGAUGUACGGCUGGCUCAAAAAUGGAGAGCGAGACCACUGUCAGGAGAAUAAAAGCCUUCGGGACACAGAAUUAUGUAGCUCAAGAUAACGACGGUUCCCGGGACCGGUGUGGGAACAACGGCUACAAUGGUGACCCGAAGAGGAAGCCCGAAGUGAGCCUGUACUUGCUGCGGGAAGGGCUGGCAGCUUCCCUGGUCUCUGUGUUUAUUUUGGUGCUGUGGGGACUCGUUCAUUACUCGCUACAGCAGCUCGUUAUUGGGAAGCCGACCGGCGAGUUCAACGCAGUGAGAGCUAGACGGCACUUGGAGCAGAUCACCAGCGUCGGCCCUCGGCCAGUGGGCAGCCCGGAGAAUGAAGUCCUGACAGUGGGCUACCUGUUGGAGCAGAUUGAGAAAAUCCGUGUUGAGACCGCAGCCGGCCCCCAUCAGCUCACGGUGGAUGUGCAGCGUCCCACCGGCUCUUUCUCCAUUGACUUUCUUGGAGGCUUCACCAGCUUCUAUGACCGUGUCACCAACAUUGCUGUGAGGCUGGAGCCUAAGGGCGGUGCGCAGCAUCUCAUGCUAGCCAACUGCCACUUUGACUCAGUGGCCAACAGUCCAGGUGCCAGUGAUGAUGCAGUGAGCUGUGCAGUGAUGCUGGAAGUCCUCCAUUCUCUGGCCAACCAGUCUACUCCUUUUCCUCAUGGAGUCAUCUUCCUCUUUAAUGGGGCAGAAGAAAAUAUCUUGCAGGCCAGUCACGGUUUCAUUACUCAGCAUCCCUGGGCCAAGCAGGUGCGAGCCUUUAUUAACUUGGAGGCUGCAGGUGUUGGAGGCAAGGAGGUGGUUUUUCAGACAGCUCCGAGGUCUGGUAACAGAAAGUCCGACGGUGUACAGGGGCUGAAAGAGAAGAGGGGCCAGCACUGUGCCCUGGGGGGCCAUCCAGUGCCUGCUGACCACAGUGUCAAACGUGUGUCCUUCAGCCCUGGACGUACUGUGGCCUAUGGCAGUGGACUCGGUGUACGCAUGCGUAGAGGAUGGCAGAUCCUCCACACCAACAUCGCUGGCUGGUACGACCGAACUGCCACGGCGGUCCUGCGGCCCAGUGCUUGUACCGUUUGGGGUCUGAGAGGCUUGAGAACGAGCCGCUCCGAACGUCUUCAUCAGGUGCUGAAUGAGUGCCACCGGUCGGAGUCCAUCUCAGCUCGCUGCGGCCUGUUUUCUUUCUUGGGAACCGGAACGACUGCAGGAUGUCUUCCAGAGGUGGAAUAA